CACGGUGUCCCCACCAAUUUUAAUUCCAUAUUUUGUUUUAUGUAAUAUCCAUGUACGCGCCAAGUUAUUACUGAUAACAAGCAAUAACAAAAUAUAAAUAAUUCUCAUGCCGGUCGCCCGCGUUUACCUACACGGAAACAGAUUUUUAAACUUACCAACUUUAUUCUAGUUCAUUAAUCCAGUAAUUUCAAACCUAAUUAAAUGUUUUUUAAGUAGAUUUUGGCUGCUUAUAUCACACUUACCUAAAUCGGUUUUAACUGGACAUUUGGAUCAAAUGCAGAAAGAUCAGACUACUAUGCUUUUGCCGAUUUGGAGGCUCUAACAAUCCACAAUGUCAUUUUGGUAUUUCGAUAAGGACGAAUUACUGCAGACUGCUUCGGCUCAAGAAGGCUUGUCAAAUGAGCUCGAAUAUCGAUAUCGGCAAGAAGGGGCAAGAUUUAUUAUAGAUGCUGGAACUAAAAUGGAUUUAGGAUAUAAUACUAUGGCAACUGGUGUUGUAUACUUUCAUCGAUUUUAUAUGUAUCAUUCAUUUAAGACAUUUCCACGCUACCUAACAGCUUGUUGUUGUUUGUUUUUGGCUGGUAAGGUUGAAGAAACACCAAAAAAAUGUAGGGAUAUAAUAAGAAUAGCCAAAAUUUUGUUGCCUGCGAAUAAAUAUGCAACCCUUGGAAUAGACCCAAAGGAAGAAGUAAUGGUACUGGAACGAAUUUUGCUUCAGACGAUUAAAUUUGAUUUGCAAGUUGAUCAUCCUUAUAAAUUUUUACUGAAAUAUGCAAAAUGUUUAAAAGGUGACAAAAGUAAACUUACAAAAAUGGUUCAAAUGGCAUGGACGUUUGUGAAUGACAGUUUAUGUACUACUCUUUGUCUUCAAUGGGAACCAGAAAUAAUAGCUGUGUCACUGAUAUACCUUGCGUGUAAACUAAGUAAGUUUGAACUUGAUGAUUGGCAUGGGCGUACGUCUGUUCAUUUGCGUUGGUGGGACAUGUUUAUUCAGGGAAUGAAUAUGAACUUGCUUGAAGAUAUUUGUCAUCAAGUGCUUGAUCUAUAUUCAUCUCCAAUUGGGAAAUCAGCAUUAUUGUCGUCUCCUCCACCUCAAGGUGAAUUGGUGAUACCAAAAAAAAUCACACCCCCUCAAUCAGUUUAUCAGAAAUUAUUAAUUCAGAAAGUGGCUUUUAAGUAUAAUCUUACCCCUGAACAAGCAAUGCAGGUAGUUAUGAGCAAACAUCUUAAAUUAUCAACUUCAAAAAAUAGUAAUGCACCAACAAAAUCGAUAUUACAAGUGUCCCCCGGAACUAGGUCUCAAACAAUCUCAGCUAUUGAGUCAACGUCUCAAACAAUCUCUUCUUCUGAGUCAAAGCCCCAUACAAUCUCAGCUUCCAAGUCAAAGCUUCAUAAAAUCUCAGUUUCUGAGUCGAAGCCUCAAACAAUCUUAGAUACCAAGUCAAAACCUCAAACAGAAAUUGCUACUGAGUCUCAAACGAUCUCUGCUAUUGUGUCAAAAUCUCAAACUGUGCAAAAGCCAUUUUUACAAUCGCAUUCCAUACCAUCCAAUUUGCCAUUACAAAAGCCAUCUCAAAAAAUUCAUAAGUUACCAUCAGUUAGACUAUCAUUACCUGUAGGGCUGCCACCUCCAUUACUAUCGCAACCAUCUAUUUCGUCCACAUCAAAUCAAAUGUUUAUAUCUUCUCAAAAUGUUGCCCCUAUACAACCUCAACCUAUGCCGCCUCAAACACCGGGAGAAUUUGCUUUGUACCAAUACUCUUCAUUAUCUACAAAUUCAACACAACAAUUUACAAAUCCUAUGUUUUCAUCUAAACCACCAAAUAUGUUAGCUACUACAUCACCACCACGUCACACUCUUGAUGCGAUGGUUCCACUAAAUUUUCAAUACAUAAGUGAAGCACUUCCACCUAGACCAUCUUACAACACAAAUCAUAAUCAUAGAGACUACUUUACAGUGCCACCGCCUCGGCUGUAUAAUGCACAUGAUAUGAUAGAUAGUGGUUUGCGUCUACUUCAUGAUGAAAAUAGACAAAAUUAUAUUAAUAGACGAUUGUUGACCCGCGAUAAUGCAUAUGAUUUGGGACGUUACAGCAGUGAUUCUCUUCGUUACAGUCCAGGUGGCCAAUAUUUGAGUGAACUUGGUCAUCAUUACAGUAGCAGUGUACCACAUCUGGAUGCUGCUCAUCAACAGUAUAGAGGCAGUGUUCCAACUAGUCGUGGUUUCGACAAUAGAAAUGUUUCUCGUUCUCCUUCAUACCAAUAUAGGCAAGUUCGGAAUCAUCCAUAUCAGAAAUAUUAGCAUUUAACUCAUAAUCAUAUGUAUAGGAUUAAAAAUGUAAUUUGCCAUUGAAAGUAAUUUAGGCUUUUACUAAAAUUAUUUAGUCACUUAUUGUAGUGUAUUUAUUUAUGCAGUUUCAUUGUAGGUAUAUGUGUAGUACACAUUGUGUACAUACCUAUAAAAUAAUUCUUCUUUUUCUAUUCAUUUAAAUUAAAUAAACUAGAUAUUUUAAAUCAAUAAUUAGUAAAUAAAUUAGUUAAAUGUUCAUAUUACUGUUUUGACAACUGCGUGUAUUUAUCAUACAAAACCCUAUAGAAGUGGGUACCUAGUAUAAGUUAAUAAUCAGAUUCCUUGUAGGUAAUACUACCAGCUCAAUGUUUUUUUAUAUUUGUUUGGUUUAUAAUCUAUCCUUAGACAAAUAAUACAUAAAGUCAAACUAAUUAUUGUUUAAUUAUAUACGAUUGUAUCAAUUAUAUAAUAUAGUGUAUACCGUGUACUAUUAUAUAUUUCUUAUUCUAAUUAUGAUUAAUGUUUACAGACAAAAUGUUUUG